UGUUAUCGUCAGAGCUUACAAAAUUUGUAUAAUUUAUUGUUUUGUAUAGAAGAGAGAGGAUUGAAAUACCUGAUAAAUGGAAAAAUUGCAAGCAGAAAACUUGGAAAAUAUGUUUUGCAGUUUGUGUAUAAAUAGUGUAUGCGAUGCAAAUUGCCAGGUAAUAGAAGCCCUAAAGGAUGUUCUGGAAAUUGUUUUACCAAAAUUGAAUUUGGACGAACGAGACAAACAUUUCAUCUGUGAAGCAUGUUCCAUAAAAUUAUUUGAUGCUUUUAAUUUUAAGUUGACUUGUAUAGAAACCGAGGAUAUUGUUUUUCCUCAUAUUGAUGCCAGUAAAAUGUCAGUGGUUGAUUUAAAAGAAGUUUACUUAAAAGAGAAGGGAAAUAUUCCGUUAACCGAUAUAUCGGAAUACCAGAGGGUUUGUCGAUUAUGUUUCCGGUUGGUGACGUCCGGACUUGUGUCAUUAAAUGAAGUUGACAUUGACAUAAUUGGAACGUAUAUACCACAAGUUAACAUCAACGCUACCAGGGAUCCUGUUAUAUGCGGACCAUGUUUCCAUUCGCUUCGUACUCAUGGUGGAUUUGUAAAGAACUGCCUUGAUGCACAGGAAAAAUACAAAAGUUCAGAUAAACAGUUUUAUGUUAAAACCGAAGAAAUUAAAGUAAAACUGGAAGAAGACAGUCAGGAUGUGCCGGAGAAAUUUAAAAACAUUGACGAGCAGUCUGAUAUUAGAUCUGAAAAGAUUGAAAUAAAACUAGAGGGAGAGGUUUGUGAUGGAGCUUCAUCAUAUGAUAACGAAACAAUUAAAAACAAAAAGAUGUAUACUUCUGAAGAUACAGUAGAAAUAAAAGGCGAACGUGUGUUUAAAUCUGAGAGAGAAUUUAUUGAGAAUUAUAAUGACCAAAUACCCAGAAGCGAACAGUCUAAAUUUGAAAAAAGUGGGCCUUCGUUAGACAUGCAAGUGUUAUCCCAAUGUGGUAAAUGUAAGUUUAAAACUAAGCAUAAACCAAACGUGGAACUGCAUCAGAUACAAAAAACCCUUUCGGAAGCGGGCAAGUCCAAGUGUGAUACCUGCGGUUUUGAUACCAAACAUAAAAGUAAUCUGAAGACGUUUCAGUUAACGCACAAAGACACUUCAAAAAUUCGAAUGUACAACUGUGAUAUAUGUAAUUACAAAACUAAAUACAACAGUCAUCUAAAAAUUCAUCACUUAGUACACAAAGACUCGUCAGAAAUCCAAAUGUACAAAUGUGAUACUUGUACCUACGAAACUAAAUACAAGGGACAUCUAAAAGAUCAUCUGUUAACGCACAAAGAUCCUUCGGAAAUCCAAAUGAACAAGUGUGAUACUUGCGGUUUUGAAACUAAAUAUAAGAGCCACCUGAAGAGGCAUCGUAUGAUGCACAAAGAUUCCUCGGAAAUCCAAAGGUUUAAGUGUAACAUGUGCAGUUUUGUAACCAGGCAUAAGAAUUAUCUGAGAGCGCAUCAGUUGGUGCACAAAGGCCGUACGGAAGUCCAAAUGUACAGAUGUGAUACGUGUAGUUUUGAAACUAAGUAUAAGGGACAUCUGAGAGUGCACCAAUUGAUACACAAAGACUCGUCAGAAAUCCAAAUGUACAAAUGUGAGUACUGUGCUUAUGAAAGUAGGUAUAACGGUAAUCUAAAUAAGCAUCGGUUGAUACACAAAGAUCCUUCGGAAAUCCAAAUGUACAAGUGCGACAUAUGUAAUUAUGAGAGUAAACGUAAGAAGAAUUUGAAAGAUCAUCGAUUAACACAUGGACAAACAAAAUGGGAAUACGAUACACACGACUAUGACACUGUUAAUAAACUCUAAGCUACAAGUCGUAAAAUGUAAUUGUGGAAGCGAUUGUA